AUGAUUUUAACUGAGUAUGACAUUCAGUACAUUAUGCAAAAGGAAAUUAAAGGUAGUGUUGUUGCUGACUAUCUGGCCCACCAACCCAUGGAAGAUGAUUAUCAACCGAUGAAGUUUGAUUUCCCUUAUAAGGACAUUUUGUUUAUCCAAGAUCAUGUGAUUCCUAGACCAGAGGAGAGACCCGAGCCAGGAUCGCGAUGGAUGCUCGUGUUCGACGGUGCCUCUAAUGCUCUUAGGAAUGGUGUGGGAUGUAUCAUUACUUCUCCAAUAGGCUUUCAUAUUCUUUUCACAACCAGGAUCUGUUUUGACUGCACCAAUAAUAUGGUUGAGUAUGAAUCUUGCAUUUAUGGUAUUAAAACUGCGAUUGACAUGAGAAUCAAGACCCUUGAGGUGUAUGUGGACUCAUUUUUGGUUAUUAAUCAAGCUAAUGGCAAUUGGGAAACUCGGAAUGAGAAUUUGAUCCCUUACAAAGAUCACAUCCUGAAACUGAUUCCUUAUUUUGAUCAAAUCACUUUUGAGCACAUCCCAAGAGAAGAAAAUCAUUUGGCAGAUGCUCUGGCCACUUUAUCAUCAAAGUUCAAAGUUAAGUGGGAAAAUGAGGCUCCUUCUAUCAGAAUUAUGAGGCUAGACGAGCCAGCAUUCUGUUAUGCCACUGAAGAGGAAGCACAAGAUGAAAAGCCUUGGUUUUAUGAUAUCAAAAGGUAUCUUGAAAGUCAAGAAUAUCCAAAGGAUGUUUCAAUCACUGAUAAGAAGACCUUGAGGAAACUCUGCCAAGUUUUUCCAGAAUGGUAA